AAUACGUAGUUACUUUGCACUAUCCGAGAAACUGCACGCCUUGAGGUUAUCGACAACCUUUUUAUUAAACAGUGUAUUUUUCGAUAGGACAAAUUGUAAAUAAAAUUGCCAGUUCGUACCCAGCAAUAAUAUAAUCAAAUAAUUCAACCGAUAGUACCUAAAUACGUGUAGGUACAUAUACUUCGUUAGUUAACUGAUAACAUAAAUUAAAGCAUCUGAAUGGAAAACAACUCAUAUCUCUACACAACUCCGUAACAACUGGACCGAUGAGUCGUUUACUUUGCCGCACUGUUUUCACUCUUCGUUCACAGCUGCCGUUAUCCCGAAACAUGUCUGCCUACUUGAUUGAAGAUCCUAAAUAUUCUUUCUUAAAAGAUUUGGGAUUGGAAAAGAAAAAUGUUGGUGUGUUUAAUGGAAAAUGGGAUGCUAACGGCCAGGUAAUCCAGUCAAUCAGUCCAGCUAACGGUAAAGUGAUAGCCGAAGUUCAAGGAGCGAGUGCAUCUGACUAUGAGGCUUGUGCAGCGGCUGCGCAGGACGCGUGGCAUUCCUGGGCUGAUCUGCCAGCACCUGCUAGGGGGGAGAUUGUCAGGCAAAUCGGAGAUGCAUUGAGGGAGAAACUACAGCCACUGGGACAGUUAGUCUCCUUGGAAAUGGGAAAAAUUCUUCCCGAGGCUGUUGGCGAGGUGGUGGAAUAUAUCCACGUAUGUGACUUGGCUUUGGGUCUCUCCCGGUCUUUGCCGGGGACCGUGUUCCCGUCGGAGCGUCCGGGACACAUGCUAAUAGAGAAAUGGAACCCCCUCGGUGCUAUUGGGAUUAUAACGGCAUUUAAUUUCCCUAUUGCUGUAUUUGGAUGGAACAGCGCUAUUGCUAUGAUUUGCGGCGAUACCAGCGUAUGGAAACCAUCUGAGACUACUCCCUUGGUUGCUGUUGCGGUCACCAAGAUAGUCGAGAGUGUGCUAAAGAAGAACGACAUCCCUGGCGCAGUAGCCGCGCUUUGCGUGGGUGGGAAAGACAUCGGUCAACAAUUGGUACAAGACCCGAGAAUGAAACUAGUUUCAUUUACUGGCAGUACUGCCGUUGGUCAACAAGUUGGUGUUGAAGUUCAGAAGCGUUUCGGUCGCCACCUUUUAGAGCUGGGCGGCAACAACGCUAUCAUAGUGAAUGAGGACGCGAAUGUGGAUCUGCUGGUGUCGGCGGCGCUGUUCGCGUGCGCCGGCACCGCGGGCCAGCGAUGCACCACCACGCGCAGGAUGUUUAUUCAUAAGAAGCUGUACAAAGAAGUGGUGUCAAGGCUGGCGAAAUCUUUCGCUGGAGUCGUGAGCAAGAUCGGAGAUCCUUUGGAAUCGAGUUCACUGAUAGGGCCGCUGCACACGGCGGCUGCUGUAGAAGCAUACAAGAAGACCGUUGCUGAAGCAGUCAAACAAGGGGGCAAGAUAGAAUUCGGUGGCAAGGUGAUCGAACGUGAGGGAUAUUUCGUGGAACCAACAAUAAUCACAGGUCUUGCGCAUGACUCACCGCUGGUGAAGAGCGAAUGCUUCGCGCCCAUCGUCUACUGCAUCGAGAUCCCUGACCUCGACACCGGCAUCAAGUAUAACAACGAAGUCGACCAGGGUCUCUCUUCCAGUUUGUUUACCGAGAAUUUGGGCAACGUAUUUAAGUGGAUCGGUCCGCACGGAUCUGACUGCGGCAUUGUGAACGUGAACAUUCCAACGAACGGCGCGGAGGUGGGCGGCGCGUUCGGCGGCGAGAAGGCGACGGGCGGCGGGCGCGAGUGCGGCUCCGACGCGUGGAAGUCCUACAUGCGCCGCUCCACCGUCACUAUUAACUGCUCCGGCGCCAUCAAACUCGCGCAGAACAUUCAGUUUGGCGACGAAUAACAUGAUCACACAAAUAAAUCUCUACCCUUUAUCAUAUAACAAAUAAAAAUAUCUAAUCAUCGAAAAGUAAAUAUGCAAAUUGUGAAUCUUAUAAAAACAGCUACCGUAUCCGUAGAUAGACCUGUGUCCCCAAUGAUUCAGUACAUACUUAUAGGAGUCUUCAAGGUUAGUGUCGAGCGGCUUUCGUGGUUGCGCUAUGUGGCCGUGGUUGCAAAACGCGCAACUCGACUAAGCAAGGGCGCGGGUUCGUAGGGGACACGGUGCGGAGGGCGCGGCCUAUAUACAGGGUCCGUACGCCACGCCGCCGCGUUGAUUUCAACUUAAUUUCGAUGCAAUUGAAAUUACGAAAAGUGUAUUUGUUUACAGCUGUUAUGAAGACUGAUUGUAAUUGUAUUGUAACAUUAUAAAUAAAAGUGUAUAAGGUG